UCUAGGCUAUUGAUGCUGUCUUGUAGGCGACGCUUCCCAAAAGUUUGCCAAAGGCGUUGGUUGUACGUGGGAGUUAAACAAUGCUUUUCGUAUGGCGAACAACCUUAAACAAACCUACGUUGAUCAUUAGCUAAUAUCCAUCUUACUCCCUCACCCAGGCUUGACCCCCGCCGCUAGGACCAAUCGCUCGGUAACGUUAGUCCUUCCCGAGCUCCGUAAGUGAAGAUGGCGCAGGCACUAUCGGAAGAGGAGUUCCAUCGAAUGCAGGCUCAGCUUCUGGAGCUAAGAACGCAGAACUACCAACUCUCUGAUGACCUGCGGAAGAACUCUGCUGAGCUCAAUAAUGUCCGACAGAAAAACGUUACAUUGGAGAAGGACUACAUCAAAGCACAGAAGGCACUGAACAAGAGCAAGAAGGCUCAGGAGGUGGACGCCUUGCUCAGCGAGAAUGAGAUGCUUCAGGGGAAGCUGCACAGCCAGGAGGAUGAUUUCAGACUGCAGAACAGCACCCUCAUGCAAGAGCUGUCCAAGCUGUGCUCCCAGAUCGAGCAGCUGGAGCAGGAGAACAAAUCCCUGCGGGAUGGGGAGGGCCUGCAGGCCACGGCCCCCUGCCCCGUGUCCUCCCCUGGGCCUGUGGACGGGGAGCUGCUCAGGCUACAGGCCGAGAACUCGGCCCUGCUCAAGAAGAUGGCAGCCCUUCAAGAGCGGCAGGAGAGCCAGUCGAGGAGUCCGCGGGGAGCCGAGGUCACAGACGGCAGUGCGCCGGUGACAGAUGGGGCCGUUGACAGUAAUGGGGUGCAGCCGCACCCUGACGCCAGCGGGAGUGUGGGCACGGAGGAUGGCGAGACGGGGCACAGUGAUAGGCUGGCACAGGCAGAGACGAAGUGUACUACCCUGGAACAGCGGGUGAAUGAGCUGAGCGAGGUGGAACUCAAGCUGCAGACGGAGAUGGAGGAGAAGCUCCUGCUGAAAGGGCAGCUCCAGACUCUAGAGUCCUCCAAGCAGGCCGACGUGAGCAAACUUAAUGAGGAACUGGCAAAGCUCGCGGAUAAACUCAAGAAAAAGCAGGAGAGCUUUUUGCGGCUCCAAAGCGAAAAGGAGGUUCUCUACAAUGACAGCAGGACGAAGAUCGAUGAGAUCCAGCAGAGGAAGGAGGAGGAGCUGAAGUCCAUGAACAUCCGCAUUCAGAAACUGCAGGCAGACCUCACGUCGGCUAAUCAGAGUAUAGCCGAGUUGAAGGAGCAGCUCCAGAGUAAAGACAAAGAACACGAGGUGGCUCUGCACACGCUGAAGGAUCAGGUAGCGUGUCAGAGCGCGGUCAGUCAGGAGCAGGUGGAGGGCAUGCUGGGCGAGAACGACGCCCUCAGGACUAACCUAGCCGCCCUAGAACAGAUCCAGACCGUUAAGACUCAGGAGAUGAACUUGCUGCGUGACCAGAACAUGGCUCUGAAUGCGGAGCUGCAGCAGAGGAGGACUGACCAGGAGAGUUUCAUGGCCCAGAAGGACGACCUCAACUCCCAGCUACAGGAGGCGAACCGGGCCAACAGUCGACUCCUGGAGCAGCUGAAUGAAUUGGGCCAGGAGAAGGAGAGGCUACAGCAGGACCUGGAGGAAGCCAAAAAGACGGCGGACAAGCGCAAGGGGAUGCUGGACGAGCUGGCGAUCGAGAUGGCCCAGGAGAAGUCGCGGCACAAGGAGGAGCUGAGCGACGUGCGGCUGCACCACGAGAAGGAGGUGCUGAGCGUACGCGCCCGCUACGAGAAGGAGCUCCGCGGCCUGCACGAGGAGAAGAACCGCACCGAGGAGGAGAUCCGCACACAGCUCCGGGAGGAGAAGGCUCGUACCAAAGAGAUGGAAGGCCUGCAGCAGAGUGUGGAGGAGCUCCAGGCUCAGGUCCAGUCCAUGGAGGGCACCAAGGGCUGGUUUGAGCGCAGACUCAAGGAGGCCGAGGAGAGCAUAGAGAAGAAGACUCUAGAUCACCAGGAGGAGAUCCAGAAGCUUCAGAAGGAGCAUGCUGUACAGCUAGAGGGUAAGGAGGGAGAGGUGGAGGCUGUGAAGGUGCAGCUGACUGAGGUGGAGAAACAGGGGGAAGCCCAAGAAGCCUCCAUCGCUAAACUCAAACAGGAGAUUAAAGACACUGUGGAUGGACAGAGAAUCCUGGAGAAGAAGGGAAGCUCUGCGCUGAAGGACCUGAAGAGGCAGCUCCACCUGGAGAGGAAGCGGGCGGACAAGCUCCAGGAGCGGCUUCAGGAGAUCCUCACCAACACUAAGACCCGCACAGGCCUGGAGGAGCUGGUUCUGUCUGAGAUCAGUUCUCCGAGCCGUACGCAGCAGACCGGGGACAGCAGCAGCAUCUCCUCCUUCAGCUACCGGGAGAUGAUGAAGGAGGGAGGGGCCAGCCAGAGCGCUAAUAAGUCUAACACCGGUAGUCCUCAGUCUCAGCGGCCGGCCGACCUGUCUGAUGAUGAAGUCAGUGAGCUGUUCCAGAGGCUGGCCGAGGUCCAGCAGGAGAAGUGGCUGCUGGAGGAGAAGGUGAAACACUUGGAGGUGAGCUGCUCGUCCAUGGCAGAUGACAUCUGUAAGAAGAGCGCCAUCAUCGAGACCUACGUCAUGGACAGCAGGAGAGAUGUCUCCGGUGCAGCUGUGGUGGCCCACCACGGGGGUCCGGCGGAGCGGAUGGGCCUGGGCUCGGUGCUGCGCGACCUGGUGAAGCCGGGCGACGAGAACCUGCGCGAGAUGAACAAGAAGCUGCAGCACAUGCUGGAGGAGCAGCUGACUAAGAACAUGCACCUACAAAAGCACUUGGAGGUCCUGUCUCAGGAGAAUUUCCGCCUAAGCUCAGACCCCAGCAAGGAGCCUGACACGACGGGCUGAAGCUGGCCCUGCCUCUCGUCCUCAGAAGAAGAAGAAGAAAAAAAAAACACACACACCUCUUCCACUCAUCUUCUCAUCACUCUGUUUCUAUGGCUACCAGGAGGAUUCUGCCCGUCCUUGUGUGUGACUGAAGACUGAUCCCUCCGCUGGGGGAGAGAAACUACAAAAGUUUUGAGUCGGGUGACUGACAGAGUGUUUGCUCUUUUUUAACUUAUUUACUACUGAAUGUACUUGCUGUAACCCCUGUUCGUUUUGUUGUUGUUGUUAUUAUUUUGGACAUUUUAUCUCUGUAACCUGAAAAAACAAGCAAACAAACAAACAAACAAAAAAAAAAAAACGAGACAAGACAGGUGAACUAGAAUAUCUCCCCAACCCCCCACCGCCUCCCACCUCCCACAGUGAAAAACGCUAGCUAAGGCUCUUAAGAGAUCUUUAGAUCUGGGAUGCAGCAAGUUCCAGGCACUAGCUGCCACAGGAGAAUGGAACUUAAUGGGGUGGGUUGGGGGU